GGAAAAAAAGGAAGGAAGCAGCAGCAGCAGCAAAGCGCCAGCAGAGUGACCUCACGUGAACUUAAAAUGUCGUUUACAACUUCACAGGCAGUUCAGAAGUAAAGAGAGGCUGUAGACGCUUCCCUUCAGCUCGGGUCAGUCAGCGGAAACAAGGAAGUGAGCAGCUGACUGACUUCCAGUCGUUCUCUGCUGCCGCUGGGCAAGGACAAUGGUAUGCAGAUGUUGGCUGUGAGGUUUCCUGUGUCAAGAAGACGCUUCUACGCUGGGACAUGACCCUCUACCUCAGUCCACGUGGAGUCCACGCCAUCUUUUCUACCUCUUAGGACACCUGCUGUUGGUUUUUUUUCCCCGUUUUCUUCUUUCUUUCCUACCUCAGCACAUACUUUAUCAAACUUGUUAUCAGCCAACAGACUUUCGUUUAUGACCAGGCUUGUCAAGUUUUAGUCACCCAGUCACGGUCUAUCACAGUUGACUGGUUUUGUUCUUGCUUAGUAGCCACCAUCAUCACAGCCUACCCCCUUUGAUGGCAGGAGCAACCUGAAGGCGCCAUGUCACAUUGGAGUUUGUGAUGUUGGAGCCCUGUGUAGGAGCAGGAAGAAAAAACUAAGAAAAAACAGGGUUGGAGCUGCAGAGACAUUCCUCAGUUUGUGGUUGGCUAUGAAAAUGAUCAAUGUGACAUGGGCCAAACAGACGCAGGCAUGAAGAACGAGAUGUUUCGAGAAGAGGAAAUGGAUGAUGAUGAUGAGUCGCCCUCAGAGCGACAGAUUGUGGUCGGCAUAUGCGCGAUGACAAAAAAAUCCAAAUCCAAGCCCAUGACUCAGAUCUUGGAGCGCCUUUGUAAGUUUGACUACAUUGAUAUGGUCAUCUUUCCUGAGGAGGUCAUCCUGGAGGAGCCUGUGGAGAAAUGGCCCCUCUGUGAUUGUCUCAUCUCCUUCCACUCCAAAGGUUUCCCUCUGGACAAAGCAGUGGAAUAUGCCAAACUCAGGAAUCCACUGCUCAUCAAUGAUCUCAACAUGCAGUAUUUCAUUCAGGAUAGGAGGGAAGUGUAUCGGAUCCUGCAGGAAGAGGGCAUCGACCUGCCUCGUUACGCUGUGCUGAACCGAGACCCUGACAAUCCUGAAGAGUGUAACCUGGUGGAGGGGGAGGACCAAGUUGAGGUGAAUGGGGAGGUGUUCCAUAAACCCUUUGUGGAGAAACCAGUGUGCGCAGAGGACCACAACGUCUACAUCUAUUACCCAACAUCUGCCGGAGGAGGAAGCCAAAGACUCUUCAGAAAGAUAGGGAGCCGUAGUAGUGUGUACUCCCCAGAAAGCAGUGUACGAAAGACUGGCUCUUAUAUCUACGAGGAGUUCAUGCCGACGGAUGGCACUGAUGUAAAGGUUUAUACAGUGGGCCCGGACUAUGCUCACGCUGAGGCCAGGAAGUCUCCAGCACUGGAUGGGAAGGUAGAGAGGGACAGCGAGGGGAAGGAGAUCCGCUACCCAGUCAUGCUGACCGCCAUGGAGAAACUGGUGGCCCGCAAGGUCUGCCUGGCAUUCAAGCAAACAGUGUGUGGGUUCGACCUGCUCAGAGCCAAUGGCCAUUCAUUUGUCUGUGACGUUAACGGCUUCAGCUUUGUCAAAAACUCCAUGAAAUACUACGACGACUGUGCCAAAGUCCUGGGGAAUAUGGUAAUGAGGGAGUUAGCCCCCCAGCUCCACAUCCCCUGGUCCAUCCCCAUGGAGGCUGAAGACAUCCCCAUCGUCCCAACAACCUCAGGAACCAUGAUGGAGCUGCGCUGUGUUAUCGCCAUUAUCCGACACGGAGACCGCACGCCAAAGCAAAAGAUGAAAAUGGAAGUCCGCCAUCCUCUAUUCUUUGAACUGUUUGAAAAGUACGGAGGAUAUAAAACAGGAAAGCUAAAACUCAAAAAACCAAAGCAGCUGCAGGAAGUGCUGGACAUCGCUCGCCUGCUCCUGGUCGAACUGGGGCAGCACACUGACUGUGAGAUUGAGGAGAAGAAAUCCAAGCUGGAGCAGCUUAAGACUGUUCUGGAAAUGUAUGGUCAUUUCUCAGGUAUCAACAGGAAAGUCCAGCUCACCUACCUGCGGAAUGGCAAACCUAAAGCAUCCAGUGAAGAAGAAGAUUCUAAGAAGGAUGGCCCAUCUCUGCUGCUGGUGUUGAAGUGGGGUGGGGAGCUGACGCCUGCAGGCCGGGUUCAGGCUGAGGAGCUGGGCAGGGCUUUUCGCUGCAUGUACCCCGGAGGUCAAGGUGACUAUGCCGGGUUUCCUGGCUGUGGCCUCCUGCGCCUGCACAGCACUUACCGCCAUGACCUGAAGAUCUACGCCUCUGACGAAGGAAGGGUGCAGAUGACGGCUGCUGCUUUUGCCAAGGGUCUGCUGGCUCUAGAAGGGGAGCUGACACCUAUCCUGGUUCAAAUGGUAAAGAGUGCCAACAUGAACGGACUGCUGGACAGUGACAGCGAUUCUCUGACUGACUGCCAGCAGAAAGUGAAAGCCAGGCUGCACGAGAUCAUGCAAAAGGACCAGGACUUUACAGAGGAGGACUACCAAAAGUUGGCUCCGACUGGCAGUCCGUCACUGGUGAACUCCAUGAAGGUCAUAGAGAAUCCAGUCAAAACCUGUGACAAGGUGUAUGCCCUCAUCCAGAGCCUUACAUCGCAGAUCCGAAAGAGACUAGAGGACCCCAAGUCUGCAGACCUGCAGCUUUACCACAGCGAGACGUUGGAGUUGAUGCUACAGCGCUGGUCUAAGCUGGAGAGAGACUUCCGCAUGAAGAAUGGGCGCUACGACAUCAGCAAGAUCCCGGAUAUCUACGACUGCAUCAAAUAUGACCUUCAGCAUAAUGCCUCUCUUGACCUGGAGGACACACGGGAACUUUUCAGACUGUCCCGUGCUCUGGCUGACAUAGUCAUACCACAGGAGUAUGGCAUCAACAGAGCAGAGAAAUUGGACAUCGCCCAGGCUUAUUGUGUUCCCCUGAUGAAGAAAAUCCAGCUGGACCUGCAAAGGACCCACGAGGACGAGGCUGUCAACAAGUUGCACCCUCUGUAUUCUCGGGGUGUCAUGUCUCCUGGGCGUCACGUCCGCACACGCCUCUACUUCACAAGCGAGAGCCACGUUCACUCCCUGCUCAGCAUCUUCCGCUACGGAGGCCUGCUGAAUGAGGAGAAGGACCAGCAGUGGAAGCAAGCAAUGGACUACCUGAGCGCUGUGACUGAACUCAACUAUAUGACACAGAUAGUCAUCAUGCUGUACGAAGACAACAACAAGGACCCCUCCUCAGAGGAGCGCUUCCAUGUGGAGCUUCACUUCAGUCCAGGAGUAAAAGGAUGUGAAGAUGAAGAGACUAUUCCUCUUGGAUUUGGCUUCCGGCCGGCCUCCUCAGAGAAUGAAGACAAGAAGCCUAAUCAGGGCAGUCUGGAGGACCUUUCCCAGGAUGAGCCAGACCAGGCACUUCAAAUCUCCGAUCCAAUCAACAUUCAGCGAAGGUCUCCCAUGAUUCGGAACCGCAAGACGGGCUCCAUGGAGGUCCUCUCUGAAACCUCCCCCACCCAUUCCACCAAAGGCUGCACAUCCCAUCGACUCUUCAUAUCCUGCUCACGUCAGUCUCCUGAGAUCAAACCAGCCAGUGGCUUAGAGCUGUUCUCUAUGCCGGCAGUAAAGAGAUUUUCUGUGUCGUAUGCCAGGCAUCCGACUAAUGGCUUUGAAGGAUGCUCCAUGGUGCCUUCCAUCUACCCACUGGAGACGCUGCACAACUCGCUUUCCCUGAAGCAGGUGGACGAGUUUCUCAACUCGGUGUGUGAGAGCAACAGUGAGGUCCAGGCCAAAACCAUGAAAGCGCUCUCUGGCUUGUUUGCCUCUCAGAGCCAGAUUUCUCUCUAUAGCCCGCAGCAGCCUCUUUCCUCCUCUGGAUCUGAAGCAUCUCUUCGACCGCCCAGCCAGCCUUUGUGGCAUGGCAGCAUCCCCUCCAGUGCUGUAUCCAGUGCGGGCCCCUCAUCCCCGAUUACAGAGUCUUCUGGUCUGAACUUCAGCUUCAGUGAGUAGGCCGUCCGUUUGGAGAAACACAAGGACCUCUGGGAAUCGGAGGCCACGGUGUAACGACUUUACUUCCUGCGCUGUUAUUCAGCCUUCUGCACAUAUUCACGAUGUCAGACGCGAUAUGAUCAAACAAACUGUGCACGGUGAUUCUCCUGCUGCACCCUCACUGCACCACCACUGACUGCACUAUCCUCACCACGCCUGCUCUUCUCCAUAAAGAGGAAAUAAAGAAAAAUACGUGGGACUUCUCAUCGCCUCGAUCCGCCUCCUCAGAUCGCUGACACUUUCCUGAACCGUCCAUUGUGCCAACAUUCAGGCCAUUUGUGCCUUUAGUUUAAUUUGGAUCAGAGCAGUGCUUGCUGUUUGCUCUGGAGAUGUUUUUUUUUUUUUUCCUCACACACCAGCAGUCUGUUUUUCUCACCUGAACUGCCAACAUUUCCGGUUCAAAUGCGUCACGGGCUUUGAGUCUGUGGUGGAUUUCAUCCAAAGAUGUCAGCACGCCUGCUUUCUAACCAAGGAUUAGAUUAUCAAUACUGCUCUCAUAUCUAGCUGCUAGCUCAGCUUGGCACAUAGACUGGGAAUGGGGAAACAACUAGCCUGUUUUAAAGGUGGCAGAACAGUAGUAGUAUUUUCUUUUUAUAAAUUCUAUGUUUUAUCUGUUUUCUUUUUUUAAAAAUAAUAAAUAAAUGGAACAUUAAGUGUUAGUUUUUCAAGCAGCUUUACCUUAGACAAGGCCACUGUUAGCUGUUUACAUUCGUUAAAAAGGCUGAACUACCUGCUGGAUUUGAGAGUUAAUCAUGUUAUUUAAGGCUUCAGUCAUACAGACUUAGAGACCAGUUAGCAACCUGCUGAUGUCGCUAGUGAGCACUGACGUAAAACAUCCUCGUGAUUCCUUUUUAUCAGAUUUACCACAGUCACGUGUAGUUUGCAUGGUAGAUGCCAGUCUGUCUGUAAACACUCCCGUCAAUAACUCGAGAACCAGACAAACAGGAUGGUCAAACUGAUACCAGAGGUGCAUCUACUAAAAAUGUCGGACAAGUUUGAAUCUAAGAGGUGUGAAAAUCUUGUGAUCACUCGAGUCUGGUUUGCUUCGCACUUAUCACAGUUUCACUGCUGCUUGGUGACUGUUUGUUGACAAGUGUUCAGACAACAGAUGGGAUCUGCACAGCCACCAACCAAUCGUCAACUGAAUAGUGAUACUCAUUUUUUCCCUAUUUGUCGCCGACCCGUCUCUAAGCCUGUGUGUGACUGAAGUCUACCUUGUUGCAAGAAAAGAAGGAAGGGUAAUUUAACCAAAAAUGUCAAAAUGUUUCUAUAUCUGUUUCACACAUCAAACGUCUGGAUUAUAAAAUCAGUUCUCCCUGCAGACUGAAAACCAUCAUGUAAAGCUUGUAACACUGUAACCAAAGCAACCACAGCCCAAAUACUCUCUAAUGUAACAUACAAAGCAUCUGCAGAGAUGCAAGUUUGCAUUGUGCCUGAUAAAUUAUUCCUCACAUGAUUUUUGUUUUACUUCAUGCAAUUUAAAAAAAAAGUGUAGUAUACUCUUAGUAGUAUAAGAGUAGUAUAUUUUAUAAUUUUUCACUCAUGCCAGCCUGAUCAAGCUGUUUAGCUCUGUGUUCGUCAGCUGUUAAGUAGAAACAAAGAUGCAUCUGUAAAUGUGCCUUCAGAUAAUAAUGUGACAUUAAAUCCAAAUGUUAGGAAUCUGCUGUAUACUUUUACUGAGAUGUUUUAGAGUUACAGGGAUAAGCCACUUGAUUAAGGUAGUAGUAUAGUUGUGUCUGCAGUCUGUCACACCAUAUACUGAGAUGUGUUUUAAUGUCAAAUGACUGUUUCUCAUCUCGUUAAUCAUGCUCAGGUAAAGCAGUAUAAUCCAAAGGUUGCAACUGCUUCAUCAGCUUGUGACUGAACUGUGGGGCGGUCAGUUCACUUUCAAUUCAAAAAGUAAUUAAAAUUAAUUGAAAUUCCAAAAUAUAUGUUAUUACUUUGACAAAAGCCUGUAAAGAAAAUGAAAAGCUGAAUGUGAUUGUGGACAUUGUGUUCAGUCGGCAUCGUCAGCUUUAACAACGUAUAAACAGCAGAGGGGGGGAGUCCCUCUUUUCAUUACAAAGCGGUUAAAUUGAAAACGAACUGACCUUCGAAACUUGAAAAGUCUGCUGUUGAAUGAAUUUCUGAAUUUUAGCCAUCUGGUAAAAGAGUUCUAGAUUUUUGAUUUGAAGGCUAAUAACCUGUUUUUAUCGUAACUGUGAGUUGAUGUUGGUGUAGUUGUGUAUUUAUGUGGUUAUUUAAUGUCAGCCAAAGAGAGGCGCGCGUGCGCGUGUGUGUGUGUGCGCGCGCGCUCUGUUUAACGAGGUUUAAAGGUGUAAAAUUUCUGUGAUGCCCUGUCUUCUGUGGUUCAGGUCAGGCUGUGACAUCGGGGAGAGAAGAGGGUAAUAAUAAAAAGAGAAAAUUAAGAGUGAAA